GCGAGCACAUACAUGCGGAGGUAAUGAUCGUGUGAGUGUUGAUAAACUACAAGAGCAAUGAAUUUCCGUGGGUCGGAUUUGCUGACAAUUGUUUGUUUAGUAUUUAGUUUUAGCUCUAAUGCAGAAUCCUUUGAUAUAGAUGAGUUCUCUCGACGGAUUUCAGCAUUUGUUGAGUCUGGAUUACGUUGUCAUGACAACCCGGGUCUGGCAAUAUCUGUAGUAAGAAAUGGGGAAACUAUUUUUUCAAGGGGUUUUGGAGUGAAAAGCUUGACCGAUCCUGGAGCGGUCACGAACCAGACGCUGUUCGGUAUUGCCUCACUGUCAAAGGCCUUUGCUGCAACACUGCUCCUGGCCCAGAUACAAGAAGAUGAAAACUUAAGUCUGUCAACUCAAGUGAGGACCGUUCUAAAUGACACAGAGGUGUUCGCGGACUAUCUGCGGUCCCACUAUGCCACGUUGGAAGACCUGUUGGCCCACAGAAUUGGAGUUCCCUCAAACAACAACAUUCGCUUUAAUACCAACGUCACCAGGAAGAAUCUGUACAAACGCCUUAAGUACCUUUCACCAAAGAGCGGCUUUAGAACGUCCUUCACCUACAGCAACCUUAUGUACGGUCUCGUGACCUACAUAUCAGAGGUCAUUGGCGGAAAAUCCUGGGAGGAACUCGUUACCGAGAAAUUGCUCCGCCCACUUGAUAUGACGUCAACAACUUUUAUGACAACAGCUGAUUUUGAUGACCUCGACCUUGCGCAGGGAUAUGUGGACUACUUUGGAAAGCUGUAUCCGGUGCCAGUUGACUUUACCAAGAGCUGGGCGGAGCUUUGUGGCUCUGGGUGUAUCAUUAGCAACGCCAAUGAUAUGGCAGAAUGGAUGAAAUUUCACCUUCGUGGUGGAAGAAACGCCCAGAGCAAGCGCGUGAUUGACACCGAUAUCCUGGAGCAUGCGCACGAGCCACAAAACAGCAUAUCUUACUCGUCAACAGAUAAAUACUACAAGAAACCUAUAUUGCCUGCGACCCUCUCGACUCCGAAUUAUGGGCUUGGUUGGAAAGUCGGUCACUACAGAGGAUGGAAAACCUCGUUGCAUACGGGAUCUACAUUUGGUUACCGAUCAAUGACGUCAUUAUUCCCAGAUCAGGACUUUGGUGUGUUUACUGUAUUCACUGGAGAUGAUCCGAGCUAUAUAUUCAGGACUAAUCUGAUUCUAUACACCGCUGAUUUAUUGUUUGGGGUCGACCCCUGGCUUAAUGCAAGCACCAUUUGCACGUUUCCUGAGCCUUGGAAAAGUAGUUCCAAAAGUAGUUCUUCUCCACCGCGCAAGAAUAUAAAGCCUAACCGAGAUUUGGACCUUUACUGUGGGGUUUACAGUAACGAGGCGUAUGGAAAUGUUGAGAUCUACAAAAAUGAGACUGAAAAUGUUCUCAUGGGUCGUUAUGGAUUCGCAGUUGUUGCCCUGUACCCGAAAAGUAGUGCGGACUACUUCUACGCCGAGGGACGAGAGCUCAUAAAGCACGUUAAAGACUUCAGUACUUUCAAAUUUCAAUCAACAUCGAGUAAAAUUACUCAGCUCAUUAUUCCAAGCUUCGAGACUAAAGACCCACCUGUGUUUAAACUCGUUCCCAAUUCAAGAAGGAAACGAAACAGUUUAACAAAUAGCUCUAUAAAAGUAACAUUCAGCGGAGUGCUGUUCAUUGUUUUACUUACUGCUGCUUUGUUGCUGUGGUUGAAUAAUGGUGCGCAGAGGCUACCGUACAAUCCAGAAGUGAGACAUAAUGGCGCGCAGAGGCUACCGUACAAUCCAGUCAUGAGACAUAAUGGCGCGCAGAGGCUACCGUACAAUCCAGUCAUGAGAUAUAAUGGCGCGCAGAGGCUACCGUACAAUCCAGUCAUGAGAUAUAAUGGCGCGCAGAGGCUACCGUACAAUCCAGUCAUGAAAUAUAAUGGCGCGCAGAGGCUACCGUACAAUCCAGUCAUGAGAGAUAAUGGCCCGCAGAGGCUACCGUACAAUCCAGUCAUGAGAGAUAAUGGCGCCCAGAGGCUACCGUACAAUCCAGUCGUGAGAUAUAAUGGCGCGCAGGGGCUACCGUACAAUCCAGUCGUGAGAUAUAAUGGCGCGCAGAGGCUACCGUACAAUCCAGUCGUGAGAUAUAAUGGCGCGCAGAGGCUACCGUACAAUCCAGUCGUGAGAUAUAAUGGCGCGCAGGGGCCACCGUACAAUCCAGUCGUGAGAUAUAAUGGCGCGCAGGGGCUACCGUACAAUCCAGUCAUGAGAUAUAAUGGCGCGCAGGGGCCACCGUACAAUCCAGUCGUGAGAUAUAAUGGCGCGCAGAGGCCACCGUACAAUCCAGUAGUGAGAUAUAAUGGCGCGCAGGGGCCACCGUACAAUCCAGUAGUGAGAUAUAAUGGCGCGCUGGGGCCACCGUACAAUCCAGAAGUGAUGGCGCAGGGGCAACCGUACAAUCAAGUAGUGGGAUAUAAUGGCGCGCAGGGGCUACCGUACAAUCCAGUCGUGAGAUAUAAUGGCGCGCAGAGGCCACCGUACAAUCCAGUCAUGAGAUAUAAUGGCUCGCAUGGGCUACCGUACAAUCCAGUCAUGAGAUAUAAUGGCGCGCAGAGGUUACCGUACAAUCCAGUAGUGAGAUAUAAUGGCGCGCAGAGGCCACCGUACAAUCCAGUCAUGAGAUAUAAUGGCGCGCAGGGGCUACCCCUAAGCCUGUCAACUCAAGUGAGGACCGUUCUAAAUGACACAGAGGUGUUCGCGGAUUAUCUGCGGUCCCGCUACGCUACACUAGAAGACCUCUUGGCGCACAGAAUUGGAGUUCCAUCAAACGACAACAUUCGAUUUAAUACCAACGUCACCAGGAAGAACCUGUACAAACGCCUUAAGUACCUUUCACCAAAGAGCGGCUUUAGAACGUCCUUCACCUACAGCAACCUUAUGUACGGUCUCGCGACCUACAUAUCAGAGGUCAUUGGCGGAAAAUCCUGGGAGGAACUCGUUACCGAGAAAUUGCUGCGCCCACAUUUACUACUACAGCUGAUUUUGGUGACCUCGACCUUGCGCAGGGAUAUGUGGACUACUUUGGCAAGCUUUAUCCAGUGCCAGUUGAGUUUAACAAGAUGGAAAACCUUAUGGCAUACGGGAACUACAUUUGGUUACCGAGCAAUAUUGUCACUAUUCCCAGAUCAGGACUUUGGUGUGCUUACUGCUUUCACUGGAGAUUAUCCAAGUUUCAUGUUUCGGACAAAUUUGAAUAUGUACACCGCCGAUUUAAUGCUAGGAGUCGACCCCUGGCUAAACGCUAGCACUAUUUGCACGUUUCCUGAGCCUUGGAAAAGUAGUGUCAAAAGUAGUUCUUCUCCACCGCGGUAGGAUAUCAAGCCAAACAGAGAUAUAGACCCUUACUGUGGAGUUUACAGUAACGAAGCGUAUGGAAAUAUUGAGAUCUACAAAUAUAAGUCUGAAAAUGUUCUUAUGGGUCGCUAUGGAUUCGCACUUGUUGCCUUGUACCCGAAAAGUAUUGCGGACUAUUUCUACGCUGAAGGCAGAGAGUUUAUAAAGCAUUCCGAAGACUUCAGUGUUUUCAAAUUUGUAUCCAAAUCGGGUGAAAUAACUGAGCUUAUUAUUCCAAGCUUCGAAACAAAAGACCCACCUGUGUUUAAACGAAACAGUUUAACAAAUAGCUGCAUAACAGUAACAACAAGCAAAUUGAAUUGA